AUGUCAUCCGUGAAUAAAAGUAAUAAGAAAGCGGUGCUUCCACCUAUCAAUCUAAUAUUCAAAUAUUUACAACAACAAUCACCUGUCACCAUCUGGUUAUAUGAACAAACACAACUGAGAAUACAAGGUAAAAUCAGAGGGUUUGAUGAGUUUAUGAAUAUAGUGAUUGAUGAUGCAGUUGAAGUAUCAACUAAGGAUGGUUCUAAGGAAGUAUUGGGUAGAAUACUAUUGAAAGGUGAUAAUAUCACUUUAAUCUCAAGUCAUGAUACAUAA